AUGAGUUGCAGACCCAGCCCCUCCUCCCUGUGGUACACCCCAUCCAUGUUUCUUCUGCAUGGUUGUGGGCGUGGAACAGAGGAUGAGGCAGCACCUUCUGAGCAGAACGUUUCUGUAGGACGGUCACAGAUAAAUUCUACCAAGAAGGCUGACACCCAGGAACGUGGCCUGGACUCAGAAGGUGAUUUGCAUUCACCUUCUGAGUGCCUGGGAACAAACCCUGGCCAGAAACUGUGUGGGACACAGGGGAACGUUCACCAGCAUCAGAAGGAGCACAGUGGAGACAAACCCCUCAGAAGGAACGCAAAGAGCUGUGUAACACACACAUCAAGGAAGCCCUUCCCUGAGAGCUCAGGUCUUCUCCAGCACCAGCUCAUUCACAGCCAGGGGCCACCACCUAAGGACACCAGCUGUGCAGAGCCUUUUCGCAAUGGACAAAAGCACUAUAAGUGCAGUGAAUGCGGGAAAGCCUUCUGUCGCAAAUACAGACUUGCUCAGCAUCAGAGAGUCCACACUGGAGAAAGGCCUUAUGAGUGCAAUGAGUGUGGGAAAACCUUCAGCUACAAACACAUACUUGUUCAGCACCGGAGAGUCCAUACCGGAGAGAGGCCUUAUGAAUGCAGCGAAUGCAGAAAAGCCUUCAGUAACAAACCCACGCUUGUUCGGCACCAGCGAAUUCACACUGGAGAAAGGCCUUAUGAGUGCAGCCACUGUGGGAAAUUCUUUAGCCAAAGCUCCAGCCUUAGUGAACAUCAGAGAAUUCACACUGGGGCACGGCCUUAUAAAUGUAGUGAGUGUGGAAAAUUCUUCACCUCCAACUCCAACCUAAUUAAACACCGGAGAGUGCACACAGGAACAAGGCCUUAUGAAUGCAGUGAAUGUGGGAAAUUCUUUAACCAAAGUCCCAGCCUCAUUAAACACCAGAGAAUUCACACUGGUGAAAAGCCUUAUGAAUGCAGUGAAUGUGGGAAACUCUUUAGCCAAAGCUCCACCCUCAUCAAGCACCAGAGAGUUCACACUGGAGUAAGGCCUUACAAGUGCAAUGAAUGUGGGAAACUUUUUAGCCAAAGCUUUGGCCUCACUCAACACCAGAGAGUUCAUACUGGAGAAAAACCCUAUGAGUGCAGUGAAUGUGGAGAAUUCUUCAGCCAGAGCACACAACUUACUCAGCACCGAAAAGUUCACACCACAGAAAGCCCUCAUGAGUGCAGCAACUGCGGCAAAGUCUUCAGCCAAAGGUCUGCUCUGAUUGACCACCAGAAACUUCACAGCCCAGCUAGACCUUACAAGUGCACUGAAUGUGGGAAAGCCUUCAGCCGCAGGUCUAACCUCAUUCGACACCAGAAAGUGCACACCGGAGAAAGGCCUUACAGUGGAGGUGGAGAUAGCAGGGAAUGAGCCAGGUGUUGA